CUCACUGCUGCACUCACUCCUCUUCAGCCAGAGCAGACUGACAGAAACCCUUCAUCAACAUGAGCUCCACCUACUCCACUCGUGGCUAUUCCUCAGGGGGAUCCCUGAUUGGAGGAUCUGGUGGCUCAAUGCGCAUGUCUGCUGGUGGAGCCGGAGGCCGUAUGGGUUCCAUGCGGUCCUCUAGUGUGUAUGGAGGUGCAGGAAGCAGUGGGGUUCGCAUUUCCAGUGGUCCUGCUCUCCUCCGUUCAGCUGGAGGUGCCGGAGGCGGCUAUGGCUUUGGUGGUGGUGCUGGAGGAGCUGGAGGUGGUUAUGGCUUCGGUGGUGGUGCCGGAGGCGGCUUCAACAUGUCCGAUACUGUUGAUGUGUCCGCCAACGAGAAGGCCACCAUGCAGAACCUCAACGACCGCCUGGCCACCUACCUGGAGAAGGUGCGCUCUCUGGAGAAGGCCAACGCCGACCUGGAGCUGAAGAUCCGCCAGUUCCUGGAGAGCAAGACAUCACCCACAGCUCGAGACUACUCUGCAUACUAUGCCACCAUCACUGACCUCCAGGGCAAGAUCCAGGAUGCCACACGUGUCAAUGGAGGCAUCUACCUUAGCAUUGACAACGCCAAGCUCGCUGCAGAUGACUUCAGAGUCAAAUACGAGAACGAGCUGGCGAUGAGACAGUCUGUUGAAGCUGACAUCGCUGGGCUGAGGAGAGCUCUGGAUGAGCUGACCUUGGCCAGGUCCGAUCUGGAGAUGCAGAUCGAGGGUCUGAGGGAGGAGCUGGUGUUCCUCAAGAAGAACCAUGAGGAGGAACUCUUGGCUGUGCGCUCCCAGAUGAGUGGACAGGUCCACGUAGAAGUAGACGCCAAGCCACAGGAAGACCUCAACAAAGUCAUGGCUGAAAUCCGUGAGCACUACGAGGCUGUCGCUGCCAAGAACCGCAGAGAUCUCGAGGCUUGGUUCCAGGCCAAGACCGAGACCUUGAACAAAGAAGUCGUCAAAAGCACAGAAACCCUCCAGACAAGCCGGUCAGAAAUCACAGAGGUCAAGCGCACACUGCAGGGGCUCGAAAUCGAGCUUCAAUCACAACUCAGCAUGAAAGCCUCACUGGAAAACACACUUGCAGACACGCAGGCACGCUACUCCUCCAAGCUAGCUGGCUACCAGAUGCAAGUAUCCAACAUGGAGGAGCAGCUGGUGCAGCUGCGCGCUGACCUGGAACGCCAAGGUCACGAGUACCAGAUGCUGCUGGACAUCAAGACCAGACUGGAGAUGGAGAUUGCAGAGUACAGAAGACUGCUGGAUGGAGAGACCAGUGCCAGCACAACCGCGAAAUCGACCUCCAGCUCCAGCACAACCCGCAAAGUGGUGACCAUCGUGGAAGAGGUGGUGGACGGCAAAGUGGUCAGCUCCAGUUCCAAGGCUGUGAGUGGGACCUUGUGAACAAACUCACAAGUACAGCAAAUACGAGCACUCUGAGCAUCAAGAAACCCAUCGCUACCUGAUGCACAAAUCAAUAAAGUGUUCAAAGCAUUA